GGAGGGCGCGCCCAGCCGAGGGAAUGGCAUUUCCUGUGGACAUGCUGAAUAACUGUAGUCAUGAAGAAUUAGAAAGUUCUGGAGAAGAUUACUUGUUAGAUCUCAGGUGUGGGGACCCAGAGAACCCAGAACAUUUUCCUUUUCUCAAUAAUCUGAUUCCAAUCAGCCUGUCAACUGUUGGCUUCGUGCCUCUUUAUGGUGGUGAUGAGACCCACAAAAUUCUUGCUCUUUUUGCACCAGAGGACUACUUCACAGCUGUGGCUCUGUACCUCGCUGAUCAGUGGUGGGCUGUUGAUGACAUUGUGAAAACGUCAAUCCCUUCUAGAGAAGGGCUUCAGCAGGUGAGCACUCUUGGGGAGAGAGUGGUGCUGUAUGUUUUGAAUCGAAUUAUUUAUAGAAAACGGGAAAUGGAAAGAAAUGAGGUUCCCUUCCUAUGCCAUAGCAGUACGGAUUAUGCUAAAAUUUUGUGGAAGAAAGGUGAAGCCAUUGGAUUUUAUUCAGUUAAACCUACAGGAAGCAUAUGUACCUCCUAUCUUACUCGAAGUUACCAGCUUCCAGUACUUGACACAAUGUUUGUAAGAAAGAAACAUCGUGGAAAAGAUUUUGAGCUACUGAUGCUGGAAGACUUUGUUGAUUCCUUUACAGAAGACAAACUUGGUUUACGCUUUCCACUAUCUUCUUUAAUGCAUACAGCUUGUAGACAGUAUUUUGAGAAGUACCCAGGGGAUCAUGAUCUUCUUUGGGAGGUUGAAGGAUCUGGACAGUGGCAUCAGAGAAUACCCAUCACCCAUGCAUUGCAGAGAGAAGCAUUCAGACAUGCAGAGGUUUCUCAAACUGCAGUGAGAAAACUUACAUAUGAAGACUGUCACUCUACACCUACUCCCGAAGAUGAGAUAGGAUGUGGAGAAAACCAGCCUACUGAAAUGCAGGUUGAUCCUGUAAGAGGAAAAGAUAUCUCAGAUACCAAUGCAAGUACAUCUGAAGGACUUGAUAACACACCUGUUAAUGCUCAAACAAGAAGUAUUCAUUUGAAGCGUCCAAAGAUUGGAAAGAGGUUUCAUGAUUCAGAAAUUAAUCCUCUUCAAGAUGCGGAUGAAAACACUCCCCAGGCUUCAUCUGUGGCUCCAGUAAGCAGACUGGAAUCUACUGCAUAUACAUCUGAGAGCUCAGAAGAGUUAGUUGAAGAUGAACCAGAUGAGAGAGUGGUUGAUUUUGAGCAGGAAAAAAAAGAUAAAGAACAACACAUCCUAGAAACACAAGGGUUGAAUAAAACAGUCCCGGAGAAGAAAGAUGAUGAAGAGGAAUCUGAAUUAGAACCCCUGAACGGUGAGGUCAUGGAAGAUGCCAUAAUAUUUUCACCUGAAGAGGACACUGCUCAUGAUGCUUUGGAUGGAAAUUCAAAAUGGCCACCUGGUCAUUCCAGUGAAGAAUCUGUUCCACCCGAGGUUGAAUCUACAAAGGCUCCUGAGGAUGCAGCACCAGAUCAGGCCACAGAUGUGAUUGAUUCCAAAAUGGUGAAGGACAAAAGCCUGCAUGAUGAAAAAGAGAGCGCCGAAGAAAAAUCUCUCCUAGUUCCACAAAAGAAACCUCCUUUGGUAGGUUCUGAUAGUGUUGCCACAACGCUGAAGGAAGAACCAUCUGAUAAUGGUCUUUCAAACUCUGUGGUAGGUGAAACAUCAGAAGAAUCUGUUUCUGAAAAUGUGUCACCCCAUACAUCUUCCUCAUUGGAAGAUCAGGGGGAGGAAAUAGUCCCUGAUUCUCAGGAAAACCCAGCAACAACAGCCCUUUCUCAGAGUUCCUCAGUAGUGGUUGAACUUGAAGAUUGCCAAAAUACAGGACAAAAGAAUCAGUCAGAAGAACAGUCUGAAGCAUCUUCGGAGCCUCCAGAUCAUUUCACCCCAUCAACCGAGAAGGCUGCGGACAGCAGUUCUGAGGAGGUAGAAAUUGAAGUACCAGUAAUAGACAGGCGGAAUUUAAGAAGAAAGGCCAAAGGGUACAAAGGAGCCACCAAGAAAAAGGCCAAGCUAGCUUGAAUGGUGGGAGAAAUAUCAGUCUUGAAAAUCCUCUUUGUAACAAAGUCAGUGUAGUUUUUUAUAAUAUGGCAGUUAACAAAACCACAUAGGAUAAGAUAAACACAUUUGUUGUUCCAUAAUUUCAGGUCAGAAUUAUUUAUGAUGCAUUUUUUUUCCCUCUUGUAGGAAUCAAUUCACCAUUCUUAAGUUUUUCUAGACAUUUUCUGCACUAUAUAGAAAAACUUUUUUUUUAAACCCCCCACAUUCCUAUUUUGGAUCACCAAAUCAGAAUGUGAUUUCAUCUUAUCUUUUUUUAGGGGAAAAAAAAGAUGAUUUCAUCUUUAGCAGGUGGAGAUAAAUGGCCAUUACUUUUUUUUUUAACUAUAUGAUAAAUACAAAGGCUGCUGUGAAGGUAGCAGAAUUUCCACUGCUUAUCACAGAAAUCAUCUUUUGUACUACAAGUUAUACUUUUAUACUAAGAAGUUUUCAUACAAAAUAAAAUGUUUCACAAUCUUACUCUUAAGUAGCAAAAUUCAUUUCCAAGCAGUUUUUAAAAGAUAGGAAUCCUUAAAAUGGCAACAACUAAUCUAAAAAUAUCACUAAAAUAGAAUUGAAAAGGUAAUCUCUUCAGGUAGCUGACAGCAUGACCAUAAAACUAUAUUAAGUCAAAGGUAUGUAAAUAGUGUUACCCUGACUUCUGAUUCUAAUCAUGGAAGCUUAUUCUUCCAUUUGUGUUGGUGUAUAGAUACACACAUCAAUUCCUGAGUCAUUCUUCUGUGUUGUGAUCUGAUACUCCCAGUGAUAGGAGCAUUAAUCCUUUGGUGUUGGGUAAACAAAUUAUAUUUAAAUUA